AUGACUUCGAGGAUCUGCCAGAUCGAAGCUCGGUCGCGACGCGCCGAAUCGCUCGGCUGUUAUGGCCACCCCACCAGCAUUACACCGAACUACGACCGCUUCGCGCGGCAGGCAACGCGCUUUGAGCAGGCCCACACGAGCCACACCGUGUGCAGCCAGUCGCGUGCGGCAUUCAUGACAGGGUGGCCGACGCACGUGCACGGCCACCGCACGCUGAGCUACCUGCUGCACGGCAGCGAACCGAAUCUGCUCAAGACACUCAAGCGCGCCGGUUACACUGUCGUGUGGUGGGGGAAGAAUGACCUGCUGGCACGCGACGCGUGGGAGGAGUCGGUCACGCAGCGGCCGAUCAAGCGCGGCGACGACAAUGGGCGCAACCCCUUCGCCACCGACGACCCACGCUACAAGACGAUGCUACGCGACCCGCCAACAGGCGGGCUCAACGGCUCUCGCGACUACGCUCGUGUGGCCGCUGCCGUGACGUGGCUGCGGACGCGCGCUGUGCAGCCGUUUGUGCUCUUCCUGCCGCUCGAGAAGCCCCACCCUCCAUACUCGUGCCCGGAGCCGUUCCACUCGUCGGUGUCGGCCGAGACGCUGCCGCCGCUCCGCCCACGCGCACCUCGCCACGGGCGCGAGCCGGACUACCGGGAGCUCAUUCGUCGUUAUCGCUCGCUCGGGUCGGUGUCCGACGCCUUCCUGCGCGAGCUGCACGCGGUGUACCUCGGUUGCGUCUCCUUCUCCGAUUUCUUGUUCGGCCUCGUCCUGCGCGCCGUCGACGAUUCCCCUGCCCUCAAGGCCUCGACGAGCGUGCUGGUCUUCUCUGACCAUGGCGGCUACGCUGGCGACUAUGGCCUUGUGGAGAAGUGGCCGAGCGGGCUCGAGGACGUGCUUACGCGCGUGCCGCUGCUCGUGCGCACGCCAGGCGGGAGCGCCGGCGUAGUCAGCGAGCCGAUUCAGCUGUUUGACAUCGUGCCGACGCUUCUCGAGCUUGCGGGCGUACCCGCCGAGCAUGUGCACUUCGGGAGUAGCUUCCUACCGCAGCUCCAUGGCGCCCCCGCUGAGGUAGGCCGUGCCGUCUUCGCUGAGGGAGGGUUCGGCACCCACGAGCCACGUAGCCACGAGGGCUACGGCGGGAUGCCCUCUGAGUUCAGCGAUUACUACCCUAAGGUUGCCCAGCAGCAGAGCUACCCCCUCAGUGUAUGCCGCGCAGUCUCUGUGCGCACGGCUCACCACAAGCUCGUCUUGCGGUCGGAUCCGUCUGUGGCGGAUGAGAGUUUGGUUCACGAGCUUUACGACCUGCGCGACGACCCGCUCGAGCUGAGCAACUUGUAUGGCGAGGUUAACAUGAGCGCGAUCACCGCCGAGCUGAGAUCACGCCUGCUGCGAUGGUACAUCCAGACAAGCGACACCGCACCACGCCGCAUGGACCCACGCGACGGCGACUACGAGUGGCCGCAACCUUACGCCGCCCGGACCGCCCGAACCGAAGGCGCCGCCCGGACCGCCCGAACCGAAGACAUCGCAGUUGUGGCCGUCGGCACGAUGCUCAUGUUGCUAGGGUGCGGAUGGACCCGGUUGCGAGGCAAAUAG